CCGCAGUGUAUUGCGCAUCGCGGGUUCAAGGCGAGAUUUCCAGAAAACACACUGCUCGCAUUCGAAAAAGCAUUGGAUGCUGGAGCGGUAGCGUUGGAAACCGACCUGCACGUGACUAAAGAUAAUGUCGUGGUUCUGAGCCAUGACGCGACUCUAAAGCGAUGUUUCGGCCAAAAGGACAAAAUCAUUGAUCGCACGUGGGACGAGAUCAAAGACUUGGAAACACUAGCCGCUCCACAUGAGCACAUGCCUAGGUUAAAAGAUCUGUUACAUUAUCUUUCACAACCUGAGAAGGAUGAGGUCUGGACGCUACUCGAUAUCAAGCUGGACAACAACGCGGACGAUAUCAUGCGUCUCAUCAGCACGACCAUCGCUGAAGUGGAGCCUCCACCUAGCAGACCGUGGAAUGAGCGUAUAGUGCUCGGAAUAUGGGCUGCCAAAUACCUACCACUAGCACUGAAAUACCUUCCUGGCUUUCCUGUCGUACAUAUUGGUUUCAAGCUUUCAUACGCACGACACUUUUUCGAUGUCCCCAAUGUCGGCUUUAAUAUGCUCUUGCCGAUGCUGAUGGCUCCUGGUGGAAAAAAGUUCAUUUCCGAUUGUCAAAAGAAUAAACGACAGCUGUUUGCCUGGACAGUAAACGACAAGGAUAAGAUGGAGUGGUGUAUACGACGCCGAGUCGACGGCGUGAUCACGGAUGAUCCUUCCAUGUUCGUGGAA